CCUCCCCGCGCCGAGCUGCUCCGCGGCUCCCCUCGGUUUGGGCUUUUGCAACUGGCAGCUGGCUUGUUUCCCCUCCCCUGUGUCUGUCUCUCCUUCUUUUAGGUCGCUCCACCCCGCCCAGGAUCAGGCGAGGGGGAACGGGCUGGGCUGCGGCUGCCAACUCGCGCCGAGCGCGUGUGCGAACUCCCCGAGCGGCGUCCGGCGCCCGGCCUCCUCCCUGCGGGGCGCGCGCUCCUCGCUCCCCCGGCCCGCGGCCUCCCCCGCAGCCCUUCCCCACUUUUCCCCCCUUUGGCAAUCACAUGGCAUUUUAAGAAUGCCGGAAAGAUGGCGGUAGCGGCGGCGGCGGCGGCGGCGGCAGCAGGGCCGAGCGGCGGGGGAGGCGGCCGGGCGCCGCGGAGCGGGCUGCUGGAAGUUUUGGUGCGGGAUCGCUGGCACAAAGUUCUGGUGAACUUGAGCGAGGACGCCCUGGUUCUGAGCUGCGAAGAGGGCGCCGCGGCGUACAACGGCAUCGGGACCGCCACCAAUGGCUCGUUCUGCAGGGGCGCCGGCGGCGCGCAGCCCCCGGACUCGCCCGCCGGGGUCCGCACCGCCUUCACCGACCUGCCGGAGCAGGUGCCCGAGUCCAUCUCCAACCAGAAGCGCGGCGUGAAGGUGCUGAAGCAGGAGCUGGGCGGGCUGGGCAUCAGCAUCAAGGGGGGCAAGGAGAACAAGAUGCCCAUCCUCAUCAGCAAGAUCUUCAAGGGGCUGGCGGCGGAUCAGACCCAAGCCCUGUACGUGGGCGACGCCAUCCUGUCUGUGAACGGGGCCGACCUGCGGGACGCCACCCACGACGAGGCGGUGCAGGCGCUGAAGCGCGCCGGCAAGGAGGUGCUGCUGGAAGUGAAGUACAUGCGAGAAGCCACACCCUAUGUGAAGAAAGGCUCCCCAGUAUCAGAGAUUGGCUGGGAAACACCUCCGCCAGAAUCCCCUCGGUUAGGGGCCGGGUCCUCAGAUGCCUUGUCAUCACAGCCGUGUUCCUUCCACAGAGAUCGGAAGAACAUCCCCCUCAAGAUGUGCUAUGUCACCCGGAGUCUGGCCUCUGCUGACCCUGAGAACAGGCAGCUUGAAAUCCACUCUCCAGAUGCUAAGCACACAGUGAUCCUAAGGAGCAAGGAUUCAGCCACUGCCCAGGCCUGGUUCAGUGCCAUCCAUUCCAAUGUUAGUGACCUGCUGACCCAAGUGAUUGCUGAGGUCAGAGAGCAGCUGGGGAAAACAGGCAUUGCUGGGAGCCGAGAGAUCAGGCAUCUUGGCUGGCUUGCAGAUAAGGUGCCCGGGGAGAGCGAGAAGCAGUGGAAGCCGGCACUGGUCGUACUGACCGAGAAGGACCUUUUAAUCUAUGACAGCAUGCCGCGGAGGAAGGAAGCCUGGUUCAGCCCAGUUCACACGUACCCUCUUCUUGCCACCAGGCUGGUCCAUUCAGGUCCAGGCAAAGGAUCGCCCAAGGCUGGUGUGGAUCUGUCCUUCGCGACACGAACAGGCACCAGGCAGGGGAUUGAAACACACCUGUUCAGGGCCGAGACCAGCAGGGACCUCUCCCACUGGACGAGGAGCAUCGUGCAGGGCUGCCACAACUCGGCGGAACUGGUCACCGAAGUCACUACCGCUUGCACCUACAAAAACCAGGAGUGCCGCCUGACCAUACAUUAUGAGAAUGGAUUUUCUAUUACCACUGAACCACAGGAGGGUGCCUUUCCCAAGACAAUCAUACAGUCUCCCUAUGAAAAGCUGAAAAUGUCCUCAGAUGAUGGAAUCAGGAUGCUGUACUUAGAUUUUGGAGGCAAAGACGGAGAGAUUCAACUAGACCUUCAUUCCUGCCCCAAGCCGAUUGUUUUCAUCAUUCACUCCUUCCUGUCGGCGAAGAUCACAAGACUGGGCUUGGUGGCCUGAACAGAGAGCAGAGGGGUGACUUGCCUUAGAGAAAAGGAGGGCUGGUGACAUCAGACACUAUGAGCGGCACACCAUUUGUGGCAUGCCACGGUCAGCUUUGGAUCCCCAAGUCCUCUCACCUGCCUGACUUCUCUGUCAGCUUCACUGAUGACAAGGGGGGCCCCCAAGAAAACACCAUGAGAAAUAUCAGAAAGAAAGCGGGCUUUUUAGAACAGUAGAAGGGUAAAGAGGUGAGGGCAAAUGGAAAUAAAUACACACAGCCUAGCUUUGAAAUAAUGACAAGCAGGGACAUCACGAACAUGAGAACAGCACGCGCAGAUCUUAAUCAUACCAGUUUCUAGGCAACUGGUUCACCCAGGUAAGCAAGAACUGAAUAGUUGAGGAAUGGACAUUUUCACCUCUCUCGCCCCCAGUAACAAUGAUCCUUUGUCUUAUUGUGAUUUAUUGCCUACUUCUAAUUGAGUUGACUUCUGCUGGUAAGAAAAGACAAGUGCUUCAAAUGGAAACCCACCUUUUAUUUUAAGUAUGAAGCAGCUGUAAUUCUCUUCUUAAUGAAUUAUCUUUCAAUGAUGUAGAGUGAUCCUGAAGUAUUCUCAUUAGCAUAUGCUGAGCAGGAAUUAAAUAAAGCAUCAGAUACUGAUCUGAGCUGGAAGCUGGUGGAAUCUGAGCCAAAGUAGACUGUUUAUAUUGCAAAGCUUCACGGUGCAGAAGAGUAGUGUGCUUGAAAGACGAUUAAUCUGGGGACUGCACUCACACCAAGGUGUGCUAUCUUAGAGCCAAGACUGAUAGCUUUACUUAUAGAAAGCAAAUUAUGGAUAUUUUUUUAAAAAGAUUGUCAUUUGAGAUGUAUAUGUAACAUAUAUAUCUCAUAUAUAUAACAUAUAUAUAAACAACUUACAUGUGGUUAACUAAUUAUCCCCAAUCCGUGGUUUUCAGUGGAAGUACUGAGCAAUUUAUUGACCCUUGUUUCUGCCUGUGCUUGUAUGCAUGCAUUUUCAAACCAGUCCUAGAGCAGCCUCAUAUAAUUCUGACAGUAUCCACAGCUCUUAGGCAUUCCAGGGAAAUAAUACAACGACCUGAUUAUUUUUCUACAAGAAUAUUUUUAGACAACAUAGAGCGUAUUACUGAUUUAAUGCUUUUAUUUUUACCUUUCAAUACAAAUUCACCAAAAAGACACCUAUAUUUUUUGAUUUUGGAGUCACCUUCCUGGAACCUUAAAAAUUAGCUCUAGAGUUUACGUAAGCAUUUGUAACCCUUCUUUACCCUGUAGUUUACGUAAACAAAUGCUCUGGA